AUGGGAAGACACAGUCCACGAGAUAGAAAGCAACGAGAUAGGUCUCCAGAAAGAAGAAGACGUUCCCGUUCUCGCUCCAAUGACCGUUUAUGGAGACGAGAUAGAAAGAGAGAUGAAAGUCCACGGGACGGGAAAGAAAUAAAGGAAGAAGUAUUCAGUGAUAGCGAGUCUUCGAGACACCGUCAAGAUAAUUGGAGAGAGAGAAAAAAUCAAGACCGUAGAAAUGACAGAAGAGAUGAUCGAAGAGAUUUCGAUAGCCACCGCGAUCAUAGAACCCGAAAUGAUCGCGAAGAACGUAACCGAGAUGAUCGUCGUAAUCAGCGGGAGGAUUUUAGAAAACCAGACCAGGUUCGAAACGACGGAAAACGAUACGGUCUGGAGCAAAAGGAGAUAAAGCGGGAAGAACCUUGGGGAAAAAGUGAUGAAGCUGUUGAUCCUUUUAAAGAAAAGGAAAAAGUGAACAUGGGAACAUCUGGAGCAUUGACAGAAGAUACCAACACCUUCCGUGGAGUUGUCAUCAAAUAUAAUGAACCACCAGAGGCUAAAAAACCGAAUGCUCGCUGGCGGUUAUACCCAUUCAAAGGGGACGAGGCGCUUCAAGUGCUGUAUGUACAUCGUCAAUCGGCGUAUCUCAUUGGAAGAGAUCACAAAAUCGCAGAUAUUCCUGUCGACCAUCCAAGCUGUAGUAAGCAACACGCUGUUUUACAAUUCAGAUCUAUGCCAUUCACCCGAGACGACGGAACUAAAGCUCGAAGAAUCAUGCCGUACAUCAUUGAUUUGGGUAGUGGGAACGGGACAUUCUUGAACGAACAAAAGAUUGAACCACAAAGAUACAUUGAGCUGAAAGAGAAGGACAUGCUAAAGUUCGGAUUUUCCACUAGAGAAUACGUUGUGAUGAAGGAAAGAGAGAUCACCGAAGAGGAACUGGCUGGAGGAGUGGAAACGAAACAUGAGGACUCUGAUUAA